ACAUGUCUGUUUCCCCUCUUGUGGCCGUGUGUUUGCUUCUUCUCCAUCUCCAAAGCUUACCGCGAUUGCGAGGCGGAGCAGAGACGACGAACCUUCUUUGCUACGAAAAAAGCUCCGAUCGAUGGUUUUGCGCACACACACACGUAAAACGCGUUCGUUUCGCGUUCGGUUGGAGCCGCUAGGCAAAACCCGCUCAUACACACACAGAUAUACACGUGUGCUACGUGUGAGCUUUCGUGGCCGCUGCCUGCCGUCUGGCUGAUCGCUUCUGCCGCGGUUCAUUGCUACCGUGCUCAGGUGAUCGGUUUCCGAUGCUGCGCUACUGAUCGUCGCGUCGCGGGGAGAUUUUUGGGGAGAAAACUGAGCUUGGCGAGAUGGAAGCCUGAGGGGGUCUUUAUUUUUCCUCCCAUGCUCUACGGUUGGAGAUCGGAAGGUCACGGCUGGAACGCGAGCAUCUCGCGUGCCCAGUAUCGAUGCGAACGCUGAAACAAGUGGGUCCGUGGACAGGUAUUGACUAGCUUUGCUGCGUACGGAAGGUGUGUUGCGAUAUGUUUUUGGUACGAUCGGAACAUGCAAUUUCGGCGUGACGUGGUUUAGCGUGUGAAGUUUCGUAAACGUAAAAUAAAAAAUAGGAAAAAGUGAUUCGUGUUGUUUGGUGUAAAUGUCAACAUGAUUUACCAAUGUGUAGAAGAAGUUUAGUCCUGACUUGUAUGAAAUAGUUGAACGGAAUACGUCUUUUGGGAUCAGCAAUGAACGACAAAAUACUUUACUUUACGCAAACAUGUGACAUUUGUGAAUGUUUUUACCAUGAGUGUGUGUAUGUGUUAAAAGAAAUUAAUAUUUUCUUGUAAUUAAAAUCACUCGAACAACUUUUUUUUCUGGUAAACUCGCAUACACAUAUAGCACACAAGAAGGUGCAACCAAAACAAGGUGAAAUAUAAAACGACAAGAAACGGGCAACAAGCGGCAGCUUCACCGUAAGCAGACAGCCGGACAGGCCGGAUCGAGCUGACUAAAAACAAAAACAGCUCGUAUCAACGUGCCACAGCUGCCACUGUUUUGUAGUUCGUACGUCAAGGAUCGUGAUUGAUAACCGGUUAAUUAAGCUCGGAAACCGUAGCCAGGCACGUCGGGAGCUGCGAGCGUCCCCGAACCCCCAAAACGUCACCGGUGGAACACGAUGGAGACGUGUGUUUUGAUACCGCAGGAAUUUGCCCUCGCCGUGACAGGUGUCGGCGCUCGUCACUCGCCCGAACAGACGGCCACCGUUUGGUCCAGCGUGCCGAUUCCCCAGGGACGGCUGUGCUACCCGUUCCAGGGCACGGUACGGAUCGACAAACUGGCCAUCUAUACCGCGCUGGCUGAGGAUGAUAUUCGACAUCGGUUUGGACUGUACGACGAGAUCACCACUGUCAAUGGACGAACGGUACGACACUGCAACUGGAUCCGGUUCCUGCGCGUGUCGGAAACAUACGGCCCACAGGUGAACGUGGUCUGCGCCAAGGUGAAAGGUGAGCCGAUCUACGAGAUCGUGAAGGCGAUCCCGUCGCAUCAGGAGCUGGUCGUCUACUAUCUGCCCGAGGGCCCCGAGGAACUGUUCUUCAUCCGGAUGCGUAGCCAGCUGUAUCGCCAAACGAUGGACUCGAUUCUCGAAGACUCACCGCUGGACCUUUCGACGUCGCUCCUGUCGAGGGUGAUGCUACCGAUCUCACCGUCGUCCGGCGCCGAAGAUGAACACAAGUCGGUGUCCGGCGACGACUCAUCGAUUUCGAUCUCGUCCGGAGCCAGCACCGGUGGGGAUCGGUGUGACGGUGCGCUGGACCUCGAGCUAGCGGCGAUCUCCACCGGACCAGGAUCCCGAGCAUCGCCCAAAGCUCGUCCUACGGCCCGUUCCGAGCGGGCCAUGUUACCGUGUGAAGUGUGCGGGAAGGCGUUCGAUCGUCCUAGUCUUCUGAAGCGUCACAUGCGCACGCACACCGGCGAAAAGCCACACGUGUGUGGUGUGUGCGGCAAGGGCUUCAGUACGUCCAGCUCGCUGAACACGCACGUCCGGAUACAUUCGGGUGAAAAGCCCCACCAGUGUCAGGUGUGCGGCAAACGGUUCACCGCCAGUUCCAACCUCUACUACCACCGGAUGACGCACAUCAAGGAUAAACCGCACAAAUGUAGCCUCUGCUCCAAGUCCUUCCCAACGCCGGGUGAUCUGAAAUCGCACACCUACGUCCACAACGGUUCCUGGCCGUUCAAGUGUCACAUCUGUUCGCGGGGUUUCUCCAAGCAGACCAAUCUCAAGAAUCAUCUCUUCCUGCAUACCGGUGAUAAGCCACAUGUUUGCGAUGUUUGUAAGAAAUCAUUUGCGCUUGCAUGUAACUUAAAAGCGCACAUGAAAACCCACGAAGAAAAUGCUUCUCCCGAAUCCGAGAUCGACGUGGAUAGUGAUCUGCGCAGUGAUGGUGAGGAGAUUGGUCCCCUGUUUAGCUAUGAAAAGCCCGACGAACGGCUUCCCCGGUAUCACUGGAGACAUUCGAAAGCGGAACCAAUUACGAGAAGUCGCUAAACCAUCCGCGGGCAAAGAACCAACAGCGGAGCGUUCAUCAACACAAGAAAAGGCUGUACAAAAUUAGUUAGAUUAGUGUUUGGUUUGAUCACUUGUCGUUUGCAAGACCAAGAACAUUAAAAACAUUGACUGACUCGCACGAAAUAUGUUUUGAUAUUUCGCAGCAAAUCCACAACGAGCGAAGAAUCAUCGUUUGUUUGGUUCACUAUUAAUUUCAUGCGCUGCCAGAAGUAGAAUGUGUGGAAGUGAUGUAAAUAAUAUUUAUUUGAAAAAAUAAGAAGAGCUUCAUUGUAACCAUUAAUGUAACACUACACAAAACUAUUGUAAAACUGUAAUAACAAAUUGCCGUUAUAUGUAUAUCCUAAGAUAAAGAUAAAGGAAAAACAAACACACAAACCCACCGUGUGGACCACAUUAA